CAUCAGUCGCACAGUUCUCACUGCAACAGCUUAAGCUUUCUUUCAAUCCGAUCGUAAGCCAACAAUCUCGUCAUGAACUUCAACAAGAUCUUCGUCUUUGUGGCACUCAUCCUGGCCAUCAGCCUGGGAAACUCAGAGGCUGGUUGGCUUAGGAAGCUGGGAAAAAAAAUCGAACGCAUUGGUCAGCAUACCAGGGAUGCCUCAAUCCAGGUCCUCGGAAUCGCCCAACAGGCCGCCAAUGUUGCAGCCACCGCUCGAGGUUGAAAUCAAGUCUCGAAGAUCCUCGACCCGCUCAUUUCUCUUAUUUAUUAUUAAUGCAUUAGGAAGAUUAACAUAAUGAAAAUAGAUACUCAAUGCCAAUGUCAAAUUAUUAAAAUAUAAGCAAGCAGAUAUUAAUAAAAACAAAUUAAGACACUAUAUACAAC